AGUGUCGCGGAAGUAAACAUAAAGCAGAGCGAGAUAUUUCAAACUGCGUCACAAACUCUCAAACUCGGAUCACUACCAGCGGCAGCAGGCACAGUUACACACGGUCUCCGGUUCACUACCAGCGGCAGCAGGCACAGUUACACACGGUCUCAGCGUCAGGAUGUCGGUGACGGUGAAGGCUUACCUCCUGGGGAAGGAUGAGGCGGUGAAAGAGAUCCGCAGGUUCGCGGUGGAUCAGGACGUCUCGUGCAGCUUCGAGUACCUGAGCAGGAAAACGGCGGACGUGUUCGGAAACCUGAACAACUUCAAUUUGUUCUACCGAGAUGAAGACGGGGACCUGGUGGCGUUUUCCUCUGAUGAUGAGCUGAUGAUGGGUCUGGCCUGUAUGAAGGACAGCACCUUCCGCCUCUUCAUCCGAGAAAAGAAGGAGCAUCGCCGGGACUUCCCCCUCCACGCCUUCCCUCCCUUUGCCUUUGGGCCUCCUCCUCCUCCAGCUGGAGGUCCUCAUGCCCAGCCUCCUCACAUGGGCCCACCCCCUCACAUGGCCCCACCCCACGGUGUGCACCCUAAUGUUACCUGUGAUGGCUGCGAGGGCCCCGUGGUCGGGACGCGCUUCAAGUGUUCGGUGUGUCCAAACUACGACCUCUGCUCCUCCUGCCAGGCUCAGGGGAAGCACACUGAACAUGCUCUGCUGCCCAUCUGGCACCCAUUUCAGGCUGUUUUUCAGUGGUUUCCUCGAGGAAAGUGGAUGAAGAGGAUGAGACACUGCAUGUGGAACCUGAACCAGAACCAGCCUCAGGCUCAGAACCUGGACCAGGACCAGAACCAGGCUGGUCCCUCCAAACCUGCUGCUGAUGGCAGCACCCCCUCUGCCUCUCAGGCCAACGUGGACUUCCUGAAGAACAUCGGGGAGGGCGUGGCAGCCAUGUUGAGUCCCCUGGGUAUUGAUGUGGACAUUGAUGUGGAGCAUGAGGGGCAGAGGACCAAGGUGACCCCACCCACUCAGGGCAGGGGCUCUGAGGGUGAUGAGGAGAUGGAGCACACCAGCGCUGAGGGCGAAGCCAGCAGUGAGGGUGGGGCCAGCCUGGGGGGAAAGGUGAGCAGGGACUCUGAUGAGGAGUGGACCCACCUGAGCUCCAAAGAGGUUGACCCUUCCACAGGUGAGCUGCAGUCCCUGCAGCCGGAGAACCAGGACCAAAAGCCCCCGUCAGGAAUACAGCCGGGGCCCACCGGCCUGAGGGAGGCAGCUGUGUACCCCCACUUGCCUCAAGAGGCCGACCCCCGCCUGGUCGAGUCACUCGCCUCAAUGCUCUCAAUGGGCUUCACUGAUGAAGGCGGCUGGCUCACCCGCCUCCUUCAGGCCAAGAACUUCGACAUCGGUGCCGCGCUUGAUGCCAUCCAGUAUGCAAAACAGCCCCGCCCACACCAGCCCUGAUGACAUCACACGCUGUCACAGCCUGCCCUUCUGAUUUCUGUUUCUGUCAUUGAAUGAUAAUCAGUACUUUAAUCAAUAAUGUUUCUGUUCUCUUUAUUGAUCAUCAACAUAAACAUUUCUGUCUGAGCAAUAAAAACAUGAAGAA